AAGGCACUGACCAGCACUGUGUGGAUGAAUUUGACCCUUUCUCAGGAGACCUGAACGUUGAGUUUCUGCAGCUGAAUAAACUGGUUCUCUCCUGUUUGGAGCCAUGCUGAGAUUCCAAGAGGCUGCGAGGCGAGGGAGUGGGCCCAGGGCUGUUCCCGAGUGCCCAGAGACCUUGAUUGCAAGAAGAUACAUGCUUCAGCAGAAGCUUGGCAGUGGGAGUUUCGGAACUGUCUAUCUGGUCUCCGACAAGACAGCAAAACACGGCGAGGAAUUGAAGGUUCUGAAGGAAAUCUCUGUUGGAGAACUGAACCCCAACGAGACUGUACAGGCCAAUUUGGAAGCCCAACUCCUCUCCAAGCUGGACCACCCGGCCAUUGUCAAGUUCCAUGCAAGCUUCGUAGAGCAAGAUAAUUUCUGCAUUAUCACGGAGUACUGUGAGGGCCGAGAUCUGGACUAUAAAAUUCAGGAAUAUAAAGAAGCUGGAAAAGUCUUUCCCACGAAACAGAUACUGGAGUGGUUUAUCCAGCUGCUGCUGGGAGUUGACUACAUGCAUGAGAGAAACAAGUUGGCCUUGGAUGCAAGACAGAAACCUGUGUAUGCACCACAGUCUCUUCUAGCUGCCAUCUGUGAAUCACAAAAGUUCUCAGAUACGUUUAGCAUGCUGUGA